AAGAAGAUAUUAUUCGCCGUCGUUUUUAGAGGGAGAAAACCCCCUCCCCCUCGACCUUUCGACUCCCCUUCCUGCUAACCCCUCUAUCUCUCUCUAGUUUCUCUCUCUACUUUGUUCCUUCUCUCUCAAUACACAGCGAAGAGAGGGGGAGUUGCAGGUAACCAUGUCUGGGACGUACGGUCCCGAUGGCGGUGGAAACACUCGAGGCAGUUAUGGAGGAGGAGGGUUUCAUGGUGGGGAUCGAAGAGGAGGUGGAGGUGGUCACAGAGGCGGCCGUGGUGGUGGUGGUGGCGGUGGUGGUGGUGGUGGCACUGGCCAACGUGAAGGCGACUGGGUUUGCCCUAAUCCUGGAUGUGCAAAUGUGAAUUUUGCUAGAAGAAUGGAGUGUAACAAGUGUGGAGCACCAAAUCCUGGUGGAGCCAGUGAACACAAUGGAGGUGGGGGUGGGUACACCCAACGAGGAAGAGGUGGAGGCUAUAGUGGAAAUCGGGGUGGCCGAGGUGGUGGUGGUGGUGGUGGUGGUUAUGGAGGCCACAGUGAUAACAAUAACAGUGGAAGAGGUGGCAGCGGUAGUGGCUAUGGAGGCCAGAGUGAUAACUAUAGCAGUGGUAGAGGCGGCCGGGGCUAUGGAGGCCAUGAUGAUAGCUAUAAUAGUGGCCGAGGUGGUGGUGGUGGCUAUGGAGGUGACAAUGAUAACUACGGUGGUGGGGGUGGUAGAGGUGGCUCUUAUGGUAGUCAGGGUCGAGAUGAUGGAAAUUACAGUAGUGUCCCUCCGCCUGCACCAGUCCCCGCUCCUGCCCCCACUUAUCUCGGGGGUAGUGGUGGUAAUUAUCCUCCACAAUUUGGAGAGCGCCUCCCACCUAAUGCUCCUCCUUCUGGUUAUGGGUCUCAACCUCCCCCGUCAAAUCCUUAUAGUGAAAAUACUUAUGGAGCAGCUGUUCCUCCUCCUGGAUGUUAUGGGGCAUCCAAUGCUUACCCACCUCCCAAUUCAUACCCACCUCCAAGUAGUCAUGUUCCACAUGGUUCUGAAAGAACUAGUGGAUAUGGUGAUUCUAGGCCCAUUCCUGGUCGAGAUGGCCCCAGGAAUGCUACUGGUGGCUAUGGUGGUCCUGUUGAGUCUCCAAAAGUGAAGCAAUGUGAUGAGAAUUGUGGGGACUCCUGUGACAAUGCACGGAUAUACAUAUCAAAUUUGCCUCCUGAUGUUACUACUGAUGAACUUAAAGAGCUUUUUGGAGGCAUUGGCCAGGUUGGUCGGAUCAAGCAGAAACGUGGCUAUAAGGAUCAGUGGCCUUGGAACAUAAAAAUCUAUAGAGAUGAUGGUGGGAACAGCAAAGGAGAUGCUGUACUCUCUUAUGAAGAUCCAUCUGCAGCGCAUUCUGCUGGUGGUUUUUACAAUAAUUAUGACUUGCGGGGCUUCAAAAUCAAUGUUGCUAUGGCAGAGAAGUCCGCACCUAGGGCACCACCUGCUUAUGGCCAUGGGGGUGGCAGAGGUGGUUAUGGUGGUGGGGGAGAUCGACGCAGAGAUAAUUACAGAGAUGGUGGGGGUUCGGGGCCUGAUAGGCACCAUCAUGGUGGGCAACGUUCUCGCCCUUACUGAGGAGGCUUCCUGCGCCAAGCUUUAUAUGUACUAGGAAUAUGGUCACUUGUUGAUUUGUAUUCGAAGGAGUUGUAACCAAAUGGGAGCUUAAGGUAGGUUUUGUGUGAACUUAUAGUGAACUCUUUUUAUCCUUCUCUUGCUUGCAAUCGAUGAGGUGGGUCGAGUUUUAAUUAAUCAUGUGAAUGGUUUUUUAUAGAGGCAGGAGUGGAUAAACUCCAAAUUGCUGCUUAACUUGAAAUUUUCAGGUGAGUGCUUAUAAUUUGAAUUUUUUAGGUGAGUGCUUAAUAUUUAAAUUUUCAGGUGAGUGCUUAGUAUUUCAAGCUCUGACCUAUUGUAUGUUGUUUUGUGAUGCAUGCGUCUGUUCUUGUUGGCCAUGCAUCAUCAAAUUGCACCAUACAUAUAAUGCAUGCAUUUGCCAUGCGUACCGAGUUGUGCAUUUGUAUGUCUUGAUGUGUGUGUGCGUGUGUGGGAGAGGGAGAGGGAGAGGGAAAGGGAGAGGAUUUGAAUAUUUGGGUUUUGUACGAUCGAUUGUUGAUGUGUUCUAACUUCAAAUGAGGCACACUGGGAUUGCGGGGCCAUAUGUAAUGUUCUGUUGGUGUAUUUGUGUUGGGCAACGGAGUGGAGUGGAGUGGUGGCUACUGUUGGCUGACUGGAUCAUUGAUUGCCUGCCCUUUAUACACACUCCUCAAUAUCUUCACAGCCAUCCCAUCGUCAUGACUCUUGCUUUGCCUCACAUAACUGGACUCUUGCUUUGCCUCACAUAACUGGGAACCGGCUUUUUGUUUACUUCUGAUUUAUGUAUUAUGUUUAAAAUUUGACAGUCGUGGACCCUCAUGGACCACCAUUUUUAGGUUAUUGUUUACUUUAAAGCGCUGGUCUAUGUUGAAUAUUUUUUUUAAAAAGGGCCGGUGGCUGUCAUGGACCACCAUUUCUGGGUUA